AUGUCUACCUCUCUCGACCAGCUCAAGGCCACCGGCACCGUCGUCGUCAGUGACUCUGGCGACUUUGCCUCCAUCGCCAAGUACAAGCCCCAAGAUGCCACCACCAACCCUUCCCUCAUUCUCGCCGCUUCCAAGAAGGCCGAGUACGCCAAGCUGAUUGACGAGGCCGUCGCCUACGCCAAGAAGAAGGGCGGUUCCGUCGACGAGCAGGUCGACGCUGCCCUCGAUGCCCUUCUCGUCGAGUUUGGCAAGGAGAUCCUCAAGAUCGUCCCCGGCAAGGUCUCCACCGAGGUUGACGCCCGUCUGUCCUUCGACACCAAGGCCUCCGUCGACAAGGCCCUGCACAUUAUUGACCUGUACAAGGAGCAAGGCAUCUCCAAGGACCGCGUCCUGAUCAAGAUCGCCUCCACCUGGGAGGGUAUCAAGGCUGCCGAGAUCCUCCAGCGUGACCACGGCAUCAACACCAACCUGACCCUGAUGUUCUCCAUCACCCAGGCCAUCGCCGCCGCCGAGGCCGGUGCCUACCUCAUCUCCCCCUUCGUCGGCCGUAUCCUCGAUUGGUACAAGGCCGCCCACAAGAAGGAGUACACCAAGGAGGAGGACCCCGGUGUCAAGUCCGUCGGCACCAUCUUCAACUACUACAAGAAGUUCGGCUACAAGACCAUUGUCAUGGGUGCCUCCUUCCGCAACAUUGGCGAGAUCACCGAGCUUGCCGGCUGCGAUUACCUCACCAUCUCCCCCAACCUGCUUGAGGAGCUCCUCAACUCCGACGCCGUCGUCCCCAAGAAGCUCGAUGCCGCCCAGGCCUCCAGCCUCGACAUUGAGAAGAAGACCUACAUCAACGAUGAGGCUACCUUCCGCUUCGACUUCAACGAGGAGCAAAUGGCCGUCGAGAAGCUUCGUGAGGGUAUCUCCAAGUUCGCCGCUGACGCCGUUACCCUCAAGGACAUCAUCAAGCAGAAGGUCCAGGCAUAA